AUGGCGUCAGAUCCGCCUCAGACGUGGCGCACGCGUCCAAGCGAGGUCAAGACGAACCUGGGCGUGCAGACCCAGGUCGUCGUUGUACCGCCCUCAGCCAUCAGCAACUCCUCGGCCUCGCCCGCCUUCAAUCAACACCCGUCGCCGGCACAAUCGGUCCUGACUCUCGAAUCGGGCCUGAGCACGGCAAGCUCACUCCAAAAAUCGCCCGAGACGCUCGUGUCUUUCCCUGACAAGGGGCUCGACGACAUCGAACCAUUGGCUGCCCCCUUCCAGCUUCCAGAGCCUGUCGGCGCCAGACAGCCGACAGAUCCGGCUGCUUCUCAGCUAACCAGGAGGACCAGUGCAUCCUCCCUGAGCCAGCCAACCCUCAGGGGCACCGGCACGGCGGCUACGGGCGAGGCCGUGAAAAUGAGCCUCGCCCGCCGAGCCUCCAACUCGGUUCGCAAAGCCGGCGGCGUCUUCAAGAGACGUCCGUCGUCAACCAACCCCAGCCGGGAUGGGAGCGUUGGGCCAGGCCUGAUGCGCCGCAGGGGGAGCAUGAGCAACGCAGUGACACCGUUCGAGACCCCCAGCACCUUCUACAGCGAUUCGGACGACGAUGUCUGGGCUGAGGAUCGGCUCGGCAGCGAUGCGUCUCUGCAGGAAGUUGGGCCACUAGGCAAUGCAACCCCAGAUGACGACUUCGGCUUGAUCCCGCUGGCCCUUCGCCAAGGCGUGACCCUGACCAAGGUCACCAAGAAGAACAGCACCAAGAGGAUAACGGUAUCUCUCGACCCCGAUUUCAGCAAGAUCUGGUGGGACAAGAACCGGUCCUCCUCGAAGUGCCUGUACAUUGAUGACAUCAAGGAGAUUCGCACCGCCGAAGACAUCCGGCAAUAUCGACUCGACGCCGGCCUUCCUGAGACGGUAGAGCCUCGAUUCUUCUCGCUAAUCUACAUACCUCCGGGCAAGACGGGCACCAAGACGCUACACCUCAUUGCCGACACGGACGAAUCAUUCCAGCAGUGGGUCCAGGCACUCGACAUUAUCUCCAAGCACCGGCAGGAUUUUGCAACAAGCCUGAUGUCGUUCAAUGACAAAGCCGUCCGCGCCUACUGGGGGAUGGAGAUGGACAAACAGCUGGGAAAGUUGCGUGCCCCCGAGGACGAGCACAUUGAUUUCUCAGGUGUCGUGCGCGUGUGCCGCAGCCUUCACAUCCACGUCUCCACCAAGCAGCUGCGGCAGGCAUUUGACGUGGCGAAAGGCAGAGGGGCCAGCUCAGAUGACUUGCCGUCUGGACAAAGCCAAACAUCCCGGCUUAACUUCGCCGAGUUUAUAGAAUUCGUGCGGCUCAUGAGCACCCGUUUGGACAUCCGUCGCGUGUACCAGGCACAUACGAACUAUCCCGAGGUCGGGAUGACGAAAGCCGAGUUUCUGCACUUCUUGCGCCAUGUGCAAGGCGAGGAUGUCGAUGCCGACUUGGCCUCUUGGGAGGCCGUCUUUGCGCGCUUCUCCCGCAAGGGCAGGGCGAAAGACGCUGAGAAGCAGGCCACCGCCGGCGAGGAGGGCUUGAUCAUGUCUGAAGCUGCCUUUGCCGGCUUUCUCACGUCCACCUCCAACGAUGUCAUCCCCAGGGAACCCCAGAGCUACGUCCUGGAUCGGCCGAUGAACGAGUACUACAUUUCGAGCUCGCACAACACGUACCUGCUCGGCCGCCAGGUCGCUAGCACCUCGAGCACCGAGGGCUACAUCACGGCUCUGCUGCGCGGCUGCCGUUGCGUCGAAAUCGACUGCUGGGAAGGACAGGACAACCAGCCAAUCGUCAAGCACGGCCACUCGUGGACGUCCUGCAUCUCGUUCCUCGAGGUCAUCAAGACGAUCAACAAGUACGCCUUUGCUAAAUCGCACUUCCCGUUGUGGAUAUCGCUCGAGGUCCGCUGCCCUCCGGCAGUGCAGAUCAAUAUGGCCAAGAUCAUGAUUGAGGUUUUCGGCGACAAGCUUGUGCGGGCACCCCUUGAUCCAUCAUCGGACCGCCUGCCAUCACCGUCAGAACUGAUGGACCGCAUCCUCAUCAAGGUCAAGAAGCCAGACGAGUCGAUCAGGACCGUGGUUGAGCGGACCGGCCGGAGGCGCGGCAACAGCAUGCCAUCGCCAUAUCAGCGAGCGCUGACAAUGGAGAACGUGCCCGUUCCCGCGCCGUCGAGCCCGCUUCUGAGCCCGACGCAGGCCUCUCGGUCCAACCGACAAAUCAACACCAUCACCGAGGGCAUGGUUCAUGAGCCGAUCAGCAGCAGCCCCAGUGAGUGUGAUAGCGAAGGCGAAGCAGCUACGGCAAAGAGGGCCACCAGCAAGAUCCACCCUGUCCUGGGCGAACUGGGCGUGUACUGCAUGGGGAUCCACUUCGAAGGUUUUGACAGCCCCGACGCGAGGAAGUUCAACCACAUCUUCUCGUUCAAGGAGAAGACGUUCGCAGAGAAGAGCCAACAGGCGUCGGGGAAGAGAUCUUUGUACCGCCAUAACAUGCGCUACAUGAUGCGCGUCUACCCCAACGGCGGGCGCAUAUCGUCGAGCAACUUCGACCCCCUCCUGUACUGGAAGCGCGGAGUGCAGAUGGCGGCGCUCAACUGGCAGACUUUCGACACGGGGAUGCAGUUGAAUCAAGCCAUGUUCGACGGCGGCACAGCUCGGUCGGGCUACGUCCUCAAGCCGCUCGAGGGACGGCAGAUCCAGGUGAUGCCCAACCUGUCGCCCGACGAGUGCGUGGGCAAGCGCCCGCGGAAACGGGUCGCCUUUGAGAUCGAGGUCAUCUCGGCGCAACAGCUGAUGCGUCCCUAUAACCUGGGCGAGAAACGCACGCUGGAUCCCUACGUCGAGGUCGAGGUGCUGAUGGCGGACGACAAGCGGAACAAGGCGGACGCGGCCAUCUAUGCUGCCGCUCAACAGAUGCAGCUCAAGAAGCGCACCAGGAUCGUCCGCGACAAUGGCUUCAACCCCGAGUUCUACGAGAGGUGCCUUUUCGACGUCAUCACCAAGUAUCCGGACCUGAUCUUUGUGCGGUUCAGCGUCAGACUUGCCGACAAGGGGGAGAAGGGAUACAACGACAAGCCGCCUCUCGCAACCUUUACCGCCAAGCUCAGUAACCUCAAGCAAGGCUACCGCACGAUCCCACUGCUCAACCACGACGGGGAGCGCUUCCUGUUCUCGACCCUGUUUUGCAGGAUCUGGAUAGGCCCGUUCACCGACAUCAUGGUUUCAUACCAGGAAGAUGCUCCGACAAAUGGCAAGAAAUUGAAAAACAUUGGCAGAAACGUCUUCAGCCAGACAAACACGAGUCCCAAAUCCAGCAUGGACAGCAGCCGGACUUGA